UGUCCAAUAGGGAAAAUUGAGAACCGACUCAGAAAAAAGGGCAUAAAAAAAUUUCGUGAACCAAAACUUCAACAGAACGAUUGAAUCGAGCGGACUGGUUGAUUGAUCGGAAAAACUCCGGUGAACAAGUAGCAAUUCCAGAAGGAGAAAAUGUCUACACUUGCAGCUGCUAGGGCAGACAACUUUUAUUAUCCCCCAGAAUGGUCGCCAAAGAAGGGCUCCUUGAACAAGUUCAACGGUCAACAUGCUCUGAGGGAGAGAGCAAGGAAAUUGGACCAGGGGAUUCUGAUUAUAAGGUUCGAGAUGCCUUACCAUAUAUGGUGCGGUGGUUGCAAUUCUAUGAUUGCGAAGGGUGUUCGUUUUAAUGCAGAAAAAAAGCAAGUUGGAAAUUACUACUCUACAAAGAUAUGGAGCUUUACCAUGAAGUCUCCAUGCUGCAAACAAGAGAUUGUUAUUCAGACAGAUCCGAAGAAUUGCCAGUAUGUGAUUAUUAGUGGGGCCACGCAAAAGAAUGAGGAAUUUGACGUUGAGGAUGCGGAAACCUUUGAACUUCCUGCUGAUGAAGAAAGAGGAAAGCUUGCGGAUCCAUUUUAUCGUCUUGAACACCAAGAAGAGGAUUUGCAAAAGAAGAAAGAAGCCGAGCCAUUACUUGUUCGCCUACAGAGAAUUUCUGAUGACAGGCAUUUAGAUGACUAUUCCCUCAACAAGGCCCUCAGAGCCAAACUUAGAUCUCAAAAGAAAAGAGUUGCCGAAGAAGAGGCUGCUUCCAGGAAGAUGGGUCUCGGUUUACGACUGCUUCCAGUGGCAGAGGAGGAUGCUGGUGCUGCGUCGCGUGUGAAGUUCGUUUCCAAGUUUGAAAAAAAUAGGAAGGAUAAGCGAGCACUAAUCAAUGCGGCUUCAAUUUUUCCUGGCGUAUCUGGGACUUCUAAGAAGAGUUUGGAACUACAAUCCAAGAGAAGAAGGAUAAGUGCUGCUGCUGCAUCCAACUUACUUACAGGGGGAUUCAAGCCAUCAUCAUGGUCUCAGAAUGCGGUUUCUUCAGGCAGGCAAAAUGGAAUGUCAGUCACAGUGAGACGCUUCUAGUCAUCGAACACCAUAUGUAAUCCCUACUUUUGGUUUUUCCCGGUCGAUAUAGGCAACUGAGUGUAAAAUGUGAAUGUCCUCUUCUCAGAUUCUUUUUAGUUUUUCUUGUUACCAUGUUCCCGUCCUUCGUUAUUCUCCUCUGUGCACGAGAUCUGAUUCAGUUUCAGUACGCUAUGUGUGUGUUUCUGGUGUUGUAAAUAAUCAUAUUUCAGGUAAUGAAAUGCCUAAUGAUGCAUAAAUUCCCAUUUUAA